AAGUUCGUCGCAUUUCAAAAAAACUCCACCAACUGAGAGACGUGUCAUGUGUCACCUCUGGUCAGUACUUUCAGAAUCAAUCUAAUCUAGUCUUCUUCUUUUGUUUCACGGCGACAAAUGUAAAUUACUCAAUCGAUUUGUACAUUUAAAAACACAUUAAAACGCGAAUUGUCUAAGUUCCCACGGCCCCUGAAUGCAUCAGCCCUCUCCAGUCGACGUCUCAGCCGGAAGCAGGAAGUGAGUGCAGCUUGUUGUGAGUUGUCGCUGCUGCUGCUCGUCUCUCCUUCGUCGUCUUGGUUCUGAUGGCGGGCUCCGCCGCUGCGGGCCGGGCCGGUCCGGGACUCUGGGCCUCGGCGCUGCUGCUGGUGCUGCUGACGGGGCUGAGCGGGCCGGUCCGCGCCGUCUCGGAACCGGGCAAAUGGAUGCUGAACGUGGACAGUGAAACUUUGAAGAAGCAGACUUUCUUCUUCUUCACUAAAACUCUGUUCAACAGCAGCUUCAUUCGGUUCAAAGUGAUGUCGGACACCUGUAACUCCUCGGCUCCUGUGAACCUGAGCAUCUCGUGGUAUCUGAGGAACUCGCACUGUUACGAUGAAGUUUUCAGUCUGGACGCGACAAGGGCGGAGGCUUACUUCAAGUCGCCGGAGGUGAAACCCGGAGGAGGAAGCGGAUACUUCAUUUUCCACCAGUAUCCCGUCGUCUCCUGUCAAUCACACAUCAAACCCGACGCGUUCAGGGUGGAGACCUUUGAGAUGAAGACUCGUCUGACAGAACCGCUGCAGGAGCAGCCAGUCGUAGAGAAGUCGUCGGGCACGACGAGGAGGAGGAGGGACGUGCCGCUUCCAAAACCAAAGGCCGCCGCACAAGGGAAGGAAGACGCUUCGGCUGAAACGGGAAAAGCUCCUGUCACCUCCAGAGAGGCGGCUGCUCACUUCGGCGCCGUGGCCGAGAGCUGGGAGGACGGACCCUACAUGUUGGUCCUGAACGUCAGAGAGAUCAGAGACAAGAACCAGGCGGCGGACCCGGCCAACGUCCCCACGCCCUGGAGCAUACAGCUGCAGAUCAGCAUGAAGGGUCCUCACGACUACAUAUCUGCAUCUGAGUGGCCUCUGAUGGUGUUCUACAUGUCGAUGUGCGUCGUGUACGUGCUGCUCUCCGUCCUGUGGCUGGUUCUGUCCGCCUGCUACUGGAGGGACCUGCUGCGGAUCCAGUUCUGGAUCGGGGGCGUCAUCUUCCUGGGCAUGUUGGAGAAGGCCGUCUACUACGCCGAGUUCCAGAGCAUCAGAUACGACGGCCUGUCAGUCCACGGGGCGUUGGUGUUUGCCGAGGUGCUGUCGGCGGUGAAGAGGACUCUGGCCCGGGUGCUGGUGAUCAUCGCCAGUCUGGGAUACGGCAUCGUCAAGCCCAGACUCGGCGCUCUGCUCCACAGAGUUGUUGGCGUCGGUCUGCUCUACCUGAUGUUCUCCAUCAUCGAGGGAAUCCUCAGAGUCAACACUGAUCGAGGUGACAACAACAGCAGUAGAGUUUUGUGUGACAUAAUUCUGGCCUUCACUGACUCCUGUAUCGUCUGGUGGAUCUUCGUGAGUCUGGCUCAGACCAUGAAGCUGCUGCGGCUGAGGAGGAACGUGGUGAAGCUCUCGCUCUACCGACACUUCACCAACACGCUCGUCUUCGCCGUCAUCGCUUCGGUCAUUUUCAUCAUUUGGACGACGCGGACGUUCAAGAUGUCGAAGUGUCUGUCGGACUGGCGGGAGCUGUGGAUUGACGACGCUUUCUGGCGCUUCUUGUUUUCAAUCAUCCUAUUGGUCAUCAUGUUCCUAUGGCGACCGUCGGCCAAUAAUCAGAGAUACGCCUUCAGUCCUCUGGUGGAUGAAGAGAGUGAGGAAGAGGAGGAGGAGCCAAUGAUGAACGAGGCGUUCGAGGGGAUGAAGAUGAGGGGGGCGAAGAACGAGGCCAACGGUUCGGCCAAAGCCAACAAAGUGGACGAGGAUCUGAAGUGGGUCGAAGAAAACAUCCCGUCGUCGAUGGCUGACGUCGCCCUGCCACCGCUGCUCGACUCCGACGAGGAAACCAUGACGACCAAGUUCGAGAUGUCAAAGAUGGAGUGAAGCAGAAGAGGAAUAAUAUCCAUUAAUAUCGUUGUACGGGCGGAGGGGGGAGGGGCGGAUGAUUGAAAGGACGCGAGGAGAGAAAGACGAAGUGACGGAUGAAGAACGAGUGUUGAGGGCGGCGGCGGUACGUGGUUCGAUCCCCGAGCGUACGAGCUUUGUAAGCCCUGAUUGUACAAACACUUGAGUCGAAUCAAUCAUGGACGCUUUUUAUUUCUUUCUUUUAUUGCCUGUUUAUAUUUAUAUCUCUCCCUCUAAAUAUAUAUAUAUAUACUUAAAUAUAUAUAUACCAUUUAUUUUGACAAAUCUAAUGUAAAUGAGUUUUUUUCUUUUGCCUUCUCACCGUUUACACGCAGAAAUGUGAUUUUCAGAUCUUGUGUCGUCCGACUUUUUGUCAUCUGGAUCAAACCUGUAAAAAAAAAAAAGAAACAACCUGUGAAUCGGAGAGAAAAGAUGAAAAUAUUUUUUUUCUGGAAUCGUGAGGUUUGUGUUGUUGACGGCAAGUUUCUUCUGUUUUGGAUCCAUGGUGGAGGAUCGAGUUCUCUUCAUAAACUCACUGAUAUUUUUGUA